CGCACAAAGAAGUGAGAAGAGAGAAGCUUUGCUUUUGCUUUGCUCGCGUUCUCCCGCGCUGCGGGAUCGAUGGAGACCGCCGCCGCGGCCGCAGCCUCGGCAGCGCCACGCCCCGGCCAGAUCCGCAGAUCCACGGCCGCGCGCGCCACCCCUUCCUCCCGCGGCGACUGGCAGACCACCUGCGCUGCCAUCCUCGCCACCACCAACAAAAGCAAAAGCAAAAGCAUCAAGGCCGACCACGCCCCGCCGGCCGAGCUGGAUCUACUGCCCGUCUCCAACCUUCCGCGGCCGCUGAGCAUCAGCGAUCUCUCCCCGGCGCCCAUGCACGGCAGCCAGCUGCGGGUGGCUUACCAGGGGGUCCCGGGGGCGUACAGCGAGGCGGCGGCGGCCAAGGCCUACCCGUCCUGCGACGCCAUCCCCUGCGACCAGUUCGAGGUCGCCUUCCAGGCCGUCGAGCUCUGGAUCGCCGACCGAGCCGUCCUCCCCGUCGAGAACUCCCUCGGCGGCAGCAUCCACCGUAACUACGACCUCCUCCUCCGCCACCGCCUCCACAUCGUCGGCGAGGUCCAGCUCCCCGUCCACCACUGCCUCCUCGCGCUCCCGGGGGUCUGCAGGGAGCUCCUUACCCGCGUCAUCUCCCACCCGCAGGCGCUCGCGCAGUGCGAGCUCACCCUCAACGCCAUGGGCCUCAACGUGGCCCGCGAGGCCUUCGACGACACCGCGGCCGCCGCCGAGCACGUGGCCGCCGCGGGGCUGCGGGACACCGCCGCCAUCGCGUCGUCCCGAGCGGGCGACCUGUACGGCCUCCAGGUGCUGGCCGACGGGAUCCAGGACGACGCCGGCAACGUGACGCGGUUCAUGAUGCUGGCGCGGGAGCCCAUCAUCCCGCGCACCGACCGGCCCUUCAAGACGAGCAUCGUGUUCGCCCACGACCGGGAGGGCACGUCCGUCCUCUUCAAGGUGCUGUCCACCUUCGCCUUCCGCGACAUCAGCCUGACCAAGAUCGAGAGCCGGCCGCACCGGCACCGCCCCAUCCGCCUCGUGGACGACGCCAACGUCGGCACCGCCAAGCACUUCGAGUACAUGUUCUACAUCGACUUCCAGGCGUCCAUGGCGGAGGUGAGGGCGCAGAACGCGCUCGCGGAGAUCCAGGAGUUCACCUCCUUCCUCCGGGUGCUCGGCAGCUACCCAAUGGACAUGACGCCCUGGGCCACCUCCUCUUCCUCAUCCUGAUCCUGCUUGCAUUUGCAAUUUAAU